UUUUUUGAGGAUACAUCUGAAUCAACAGGCCAAGAUGAACAAGGAAAAGAAAUUUUAGCGAUGGGUCUGCCUCUUACUGUCACCACUGCUCCGAUCCACGGCAGUGCUGCUUCUACUGGAGGCAAUAUCCUCGAGACUGAUUCCACAGCAGCCGGAGAAAUUGCUCUUGCUCCGGGAACUAGACUGGUUCUCUACACUGAUUAUAAAAAGUUAGUUCUAUAUACGAAGAAAAUGCUGGUUUUGAAGAAUCUCAUGAAAUAA